GAGCCGGCGCCAGCGGGUUGCUGAGGUGGCUGUCGCCCGCUCGGAGCUGCGGCUUCCCCGGGUCGAGCCCCCGAUGGAGGCCGUGGCCGCGGACAGCCCCCCAGGCAGGGUCGAGGGGGCGCUCAGCUGUUUCUCUUUCAACCAGGACUGCACAUCCCUCGCAAUUGGAACCAAAGCUGGUUACAAGCUGUUUUCCUUGAGUUCUGUGGAGCAGCUGGACCAAGUCCACGGAAGCAAUGAGAUCCCGGACGUGUACAUCGUGGAGCGCCUCUUCUCCAGCAGCCUGGUAGUGGUGGUGAGUCACACAAAGCCGCGCCAGAUGAAUGUCUACCACUUCAAGAAAGGCACGGAGAUCUGUAAUUACAGCUACUCCAGCAACAUCUUGUCCAUCAGGUUGAACCGGCAGAGGCUGCUCGUUUGCCUGGAGGAGUCCAUUUACAUUCACAACAUUAAAGACAUGAAGCUGUUGAAGACCAUCCUGGAUAUCCCUGCAAACCCAACAGGUCUGUGUGCCCUCUCAAUCAACCAUUCCAAUUCUUACGUGGCCUAUCCCGGAAGCCUGACGACAGGCGAGAUCGUGCUUUACGACGGACACUCCCUGAAAACAGUCUGCACGAUUGCUGCCCAUGAGGGGACACUGGCUGCCAUCGCCUUUAACGCCUCAGGCUCCAAACUGGCGAGCGCAUCUGAGAAAGGCACUGUCAUCCGGGUGUUCUCAGUACCCGACGGGCAAAAGCUCUAUGAGUUUCGGAGAGGAAUGAAAAGGUACGUAACGAUCAGCUCUCUGGUCUUCAGUAUGGACUCCCAGUUCCUCUGUGCCUCAAGCAACACGGAGACCGUGCACAUCUUCAAGCUGGAGCAUCUCAACAGCAGGCUCUCCUGUUUCUGUUGGUCUCAGACCACCAGGAAUAAGCCUUGGAGUCGCUCUGGACUCUCCCUCAGCCGUCGACCAGAAGAGCCUUCGACCUGGAGCGGCUACGUGGGAAAGGUGCUCGUGGCUGCCUCCAACUACCUCCCCGCCCAGGUGUCCGACAUGAUGAACCAGGACAGGGCCUUUGCCACCGGGCGUCUGAGCUUCUCCGGGCAGAGGAACAUCUGCACCCUCUCCACGAUCCAGAAAUUGCCGAGGCUCUUGGUCGCAUCGUCCGACGGACACCUUUACAUCUACAACCUGGACCCUCAGGACGGAGGAGAGUGUGUCUUAAUCAAGACCCACAGCUUGCUUGGCUCAGGAACCAGCGAAGAGAACAAAGAAAAUGACCUCAGGCCUUCAUUACCUCAGUCUUAUGCUGCAACCGUAGCCCGACCGAGCGCAGCUGCGGCCUCCACAGUGCCGGGUUACUCCGAGGACGGCGGGGCGCUCCGAGGAGAGGUUAUUCCUGAACACGAGUUUGCGACGGGACCAGUGUGUCUUGAUGAUGAGAAUGAGUUCCCCCCUGUGAGCAUUCGGGAUCCCUAAGAGCGGCUCAGUCUGUAUGCUUGGCCGGAAACCUUCCCCUCAGAUAAUCUUGUGCCGCGGAAGUCAGAAGGGCAAAACGAAGCACUCCUGAUGGGAAGCGCACCUCAGAAAUCAGGACCUCCCCUGUCAGGGGGUUUUGGAGGAAGCAAGGAAGGUGGAAGAAAGGAGUGCGAGUGUGUGAGCAGAAUGGGGGGCAGGAACCCCAGGUGCCGCCUGCUUAAGCCACGGGACACAGUCCACGGCCCAGCCAGCUCUUCUCAGCCCUGGUUGCCCGUGGGUGCGGGAGACACGGUGCACACACGUCCUGCCACUGAAAGCACGUUACAGCCGUAGAGCCCAUGCGAACUAACCAUAUUGGUCCAUAACCCGAAUUUUAUAUUUAAAAAGGGCAUCCUUUUAAAAUGUCUGCUGUGUAAACGUGUACUUACAGGAAAACCUCUUCGAAUUGUACUUCUUGUGUAUUACAUGCCUAGAGAGAGAGAGAGACUAUUUUAGCCAGGCAAAGUAUUUUUGCAGUCAUUGGAAUAAAUCAUUUAUUACCUUUGAGUCCCAUUUAGGACACUAAUAAUAAAAUCAUGGCAAUGCA